UCGUCGUAUUCACAGAUUGGUGAACAACAUUUGUCUCACCUCUUGCUCCUCCACCACGCCGAUCGCCAUCGCCGCCGCCUCCUCUAUUAGCCUUGCCGGUGGCCGCCGCCGCCACUAGUAGCCUUGCCGGUCGCCGCCGCAUCUUCUCCGCUCGCCUAUGUGGUACGUGCUUUCUCUUUGCUCUUGACACGUGUGCAGAGUUGAAUAAAAUUACGGACAGAACCGAACCCUAGACUCACUGGUCGAAAUUUUUGUACCGUAAAAGGCGUUAAAAAGAUGAGUCUUGUAAAAUUUUCCAUGUCUGUGUUGAAGGUCAAGAAAUUGGCCGUCUCGUGUACUCCGAUUUGUCUUUAUAAUAUUCACAGACAAACACUAAGAAGAACCAUCAGUACGAAAAUGUCGGCCGAGUCAUCUUCGUCCCAACUCACUCACAUCAUCCAUUUGCCGAUUCAACGCUCUCAACCCGUCCAGGUCGUCGCUGCCCCUGGUGUCUCCACUUCCGACUUCAGGAACGCCAUUGAAUCCUCUUUGUUCAAGCAGUGGCUGAAAAACUUACAAACUGAAACUGGGAUACUGGCUAAUGGGGCUAUGCUUUUGAAACAAGUGCUUAUUCAGGGGGUCGAUAUGUUUGGCAAGCGUGUUGGCUUUGUUAAGUUCAACGCAGAUCUGGUUGAUAAGGCAACAGGAAAGAAGGUUCCAGGUAUUGUGUUUGCACGAGGGCCAGCAGUAGCUGUGCUAAUCCUUUUGGAGUCGGAUGGCGAGACUUAUGCUGUGCUUACCGAGCAAGCUAGGGUACCUGUUGGAAGGCUUAUUUUGGAAUUACCAGCUGGAAUGUUGAAUGGUGACAACGGUGAUUUUGUGGGUACAGCAGUUAAGGAGGUUGAGGAGGAGACUGGUAUUCGCUUGAAUCUAGAAGAUGUGGUUGACCUCACAGCCUUUCUAGAUCCAUCAACUGGCUGCAGAGUUUUUCCUUCUCCAGGAGGGUGUGAUGAAGAAAUUAGCCUGUUUCUAUACAGGAGACGUGUGGGUAAAGAAAUUAUCACUCAGCUGCAAGGUAAAGAAACUGGUCUUCGUGAACAAGGUGAGUUGAUCAAGGUGCAUAUAGUUGCUUAUGAGAAACUCUGGCGUGCAACAGCCGAUGCAAAAGCUCUGACGGCCAUUGCCCUGUAUGAAAUGGCCAAGAGAGAAGGGCUGCUACCUCCUCCGAGGAGCUCACCUGCCAACUCUUGACACUGUUAACCUUUUACAUUGUAAAUUUAAUUUAGGUUCUAGUUUGUGUCAUCAACUAAUUGGGCCUUUUGCAUCCUAGAUUGCUCGUGACGUUGCUCUGGUGUUUGGAGAUUAUUGACUCAAAACAUUACUUGUAUGCCCAAAUAGAGAGUAGGUACUUUGUUUCCACUAAAAUUGAUGAUGGAUACGUAAAUACAAAUUUGUGGUUUAAACUUUUUCA